ACGGAAACCACAAAUAAAUAGCGGCGGCUGUAGCGCGUCAUCUGGCGGAGCAGGAAGUGCAGGCAGAGUCCGGGAGGCUGGUGCUUUCGGCGCGUCCCCAGGACUUUGCCAUGGGCUGGGGGCCGCGGAGGCUGCGAGCUGCGGGGCGAGGGCAGGGACCGCGGCGCCCGCACCGAGGCUGAGCGAUCAGCGACGCGCGGGGCGCACGGAGAUGGCAGCGUCCAGCAACUCCAGCCUGUCCGGCUCCUCCGUGUCCUCUGAUGCUGAAGAAUACCAGCCUCCAAUAUGGAAAUCAUACCUGUAUCAGUUGCAGCAAGAGGCACCUCGUCCCAAGAGGAUAAUUUGUCCUCGGGAGGUGGAAAACAGACCAAAAUAUUAUGGAAGAGAGUUUCAUGGGAUUAUCUCCCGGGAGCAGGCUGAUGAGCUUCUGGGCGGUGUGGAGGGUGCCUACAUCCUUCGGGAAAGCCAACGCCAGCCAGGAUGUUACACGCUAGCGCUAAGGUUUGGAAACCAGACCUUAAACUACCGGCUCUUCCACGAUGGGAAGCAUUUCGUAGGCGAGAAGAGGUUUGAAUCCAUUCAUGAUCUGGUGACAGAUGGCUUGAUAACGUUGUACAUAGAAACAAAAGCUGCUGAAUACAUUUCCAAAAUGACAACUAACCCCAUCUAUGAACACAUUGGAUAUGCAACCCUACUCAGAGAAAAAGUAUCCAGAAGGCUGAGCAGGUCGAAAAAUGAAUCAAGGAAAGCAAGUGUCACCAAUGAAGAACACACACCCGUGGAAAAGAUCUCCUCCCUGGUUCGAAGGGCCGCCCUCACACACAACGACAACCAUUUCAACUAUGAGAAGACACACAACUUCAAGGUCCAUACAUUCCGAGGCCCUCACUGGUGUGAAUAUUGUGCCAAUUUCAUGUGGGGGCUGAUUGCCCAAGGAGUCCGCUGCUCAGACUGUGGGUUGAACGUACACAAGCAGUGUUCCAAGCAUGUUCCCAACGACUGCCAACCUGAUCUCAAGAGGAUCAAGAAAGUGUACUGCUGUGACCUCACCACACUCGUGAAAGCCCACAACACGCAGAGGCCCAUGGUGGUUGACAUAUGCAUCCGAGAAAUUGAAGCAAGAGGAUUAAAGUCAGAAGGGCUUUACCGAGUCUCUGGGUUCACAGAACACAUCGAAGAUGUCAAGAUGGCAUUCGAUAGAGAUGGUGAAAAGGCAGAUAUAUCUGCCAGUAUUUAUCCAGACAUCAACAUCAUCACUGGAGCCCUGAAACUGUAUUUCAGAGACUUACCCAUCCCUGUCAUCACAUACGAUACCUAUUCCAAAUUUAUAGAAGCAGCAAAAAUCUCCAAUGCUGAUGAGAGGUUGGAAGCGGUUCACGAAGUGUUGCUGCUGCUGCCUCCUGCCCACUAUGAGACCUUGCGAUACCUAAUGAUCCACCUCAAGAAGGUGACUAUGAAUGAAAAGGACAAUUUCAUGAAUGCAGAAAAUCUGGGGAUAGUGUUUGGGCCCACGCUGAUGAGGCCUCCCGAGGACAGCACCCUCACCACGCUCCAUGACAUGCGGUACCAGAAGCUUAUCGUGCAGAUUUUAAUAGAAAAUGAAGAUGUUUUGUUCUAAUCUAUCAUGGAAAGGCCCUCGCCCUCUCCAAGCUGAUAGAGCAAAAGAAAUAAAAACGUUUCUUACACUUGUUUUUUAAACAAGUGACAGAAUUUCCUGGACCACAGUGGAUUGCAGAGUUGGGAGCCAGGUCUCAGUCAUGCCCCACCCCCCACCCCCAUGUGAGAACAAGGGCUAGGGUGGGAAAACCCCUGGCCUUGGGUCUUUUGCUGUGCCUCGUAUGUAUGUCUGUUUUGCUGGAAGAGUGAUUAAUAAAUCUUUCUUUAACUUAUUAAACAAUGUAGACCAUUAAGCUUCAGUCUUAUCAGUAACAAAAGGGAACUUAAUUCAGAAAGGUACUUGAUACUGUUAGACAUUUUUCGCUUACACAAAGAAGACAAUUCUAUAUGUUAAAUGUUAAAUGAAACCUAUAUUGUAAAAUGUAUUUUUAUGUUGGCUGCAAGAAUGUUAUUUUAUUUGAGCAAAUAGAAUUCAAUGCAGUGCAUUGAUUGAUUAUACCCUGCAUUCUUUGUCCUGCAUUCUUGCUGUGAUGCCCAGAAAAUGCUGACCACAAAUGCAGUAGUAUCUUGAACAUACCUCUCAUCCUUACCAGUGCUUUUCCAUGAGAUUUUUACUUCCCAUAUAUGUACUAGCUUUUUGGACAGCUUUUGCUCUUAAGCACUUGCAUUCUGCUAUUGUUCAGCAUACAUUCAUAGCAAUUAGAGAAUGGCCUGAUACAAAUUUUCUUUUCAUAAAUGUGUUGAGAAUUCCCAAAGGAUAUCAUAGAAUUAUUCGCAGCUUUCCCCUAUGAUGAGUGAGUCACCUAGAACAUGCAGAAUGUGGUCAUCUUGAAAUGAUUAGAGAACACUGGAUGUAUCUGGGCCAUGUUUGUU